CGCCGUCGGUAUCGGUGUCGCCGACGCGCCGCCGCCAACGGCACGAUGCUGUCGUUGCGAUCGUAGCGUUGAUGGUUUUUGAUUGGCCGGAAGUGACGUCACGACACGCAUCGCGAGUCCACACACAUUAAUCCGUGGCGGCUCGCGCGUCGUAGCCUACCAGACGGUAGGCGUCUCCGCGUAUACCAUCCAGAGAAGGAACGCAAUCGCGCAGCCUUUUUCUCUUUUCCACCUUAGGACAGCUCGAAACGAUCCCGAGGAAUAAACCAGUCCCGCCUAGAAGUCGCGUCAGUAGAAGCGAGAAAUCGUUUUCCUUUGAUAGGAAACUUUCGCAAAUUGUAAGGUUUCGAGUCUCGUCUCGAUAUGGUAUACGCGCGUCGAGGCGGUAGGACAGACCGAGUAAUAUUUCAUAGCGAUUCGACCGACCGACCGACCGACCGACCGAACGACGGAUCGCGGUUUUUCAGGGCGAGCCGCAAGAUCGGUUUCGAUCGGGUGGACAAGGUUGCUAGUGAAAGUCGUCGACGAGAGACAACGAGACGCUCGGCGAAGCGUCCAAAUUCGACUAGAAAAGAAUUUCGUCGAGUCUCGGGCGCCUCGAAGGAUGGUGCACGUUUUGGAGGUUACGGUCGCUAUAGAGUAGCUCGGAUAGUACGAAUUGGUAGGGGGAAAGGGGCAAAGAAGGCAGCCUUUAUGACCCCUCGCAGGCAGGCAGGCAGGCAGGCAGGCAGAAACGGUUCGAGUAGCGCGGGCCUUUGUGCCCGAGAGAAUGGCUCCGUGCCAAAAUCCGUCUACGAUCCCUUCGUUCCACCGCUCCGUACUAACGGUCCUGCGAAAAGGAGCCUUUGCGAACUAACGCCUCGAUCGGCUCUUUCCGUCCGCGCGAGCGAGCAGUCGGUUAGAAGGAACGAGAGCGGCGGACCGUAACGCUUAAAAUUCUCAUUACGCGUUAUUUGCGGCGUCCCGCUCGAGGGAGGACCAAAGGGAAGAGUCGGUUAGCCGCGGCGCGAGAGUAACGAUCCUGCGAAAGGGCUGUUGGAACGAACUAGCCAGCGCUCGCUCCGAAACGGGAGUCAGCGGGGACUAGCGGCUCUCGAGUCGUUUCCAAAAUCUUGCGCGUCGGACGCUCCUCCUCGAGACGGUCCGAUAUCGAUUUCUUUUAAAUUCUGUCGGGAAAAGUCGGUCGUGCGAGUCGCCGACUCGCAUGGACCCUGAUUAAGAUCGAACGAUUUCAUAUUAGGAGAGUUAUUAAUAGUCGUCGGUUUUUCCGUUGGCUCGGCUUCAAAAUCUUAUUACGUCGACGUUUCUUCUCUCGUACGCGCUCCCUCGCCUCGGAAGGAAACGUCGCCUUGUCUCUCUUUUCUUUUUCCACGCGAAUUUAUGAGGAUCUCGACGGCGAAAUUGCGAUAAUCGUUCGUAGCCGAGAGAGAGAGAGAGAGAGAGAGAGGAUCGUUAAACGACGGGGCUAUUCGCGUAAUCGCGUGAAUUAUCGUCGGUACCGUUUCGCAAAGCUCCUUUUCCGUUGCAACGUUGACUUUGCGCAGCCUCCUCGACGAGACCAAUUUCUCCCCGAUUAAUUUCUCGACGGUUCCGUCCUUUUUUCUUCGACCUUUCUUUCUCUCCUUUUCCUUUCGUUUUCCUUUCGAAUAAAUAAACGAGAAAAAAGAAGAAAACGGAGAAGAAGAAAGGAAAGGAAGGAGAUAAAGCAGGAAAAAAGGGAAAGAGAAAUAUCCAACCUUCCGUCGAGAAGAAAUAAUUAGAUAUCUUUUCGUCUAUUUUUACGCGGCUUCGUGGGCGGACUUUUCUUUUUCUCUUCCUCUCUUUACUCCGAAAAUACUCGAUAGAGCGCCACGCUUCGGGGGAUUCGUAAAAGGGAAGAGAAAAAGAGGAGGAAAAAAUUGGAUAGCUCUUUCUCGCUCGAUUCGACUCGAACUGAAAUAAUCGAUCGAUCCGACCUCUCUCCCGUACUUUGAAUAAAGAAAGAAAGGGACGAGACGACCGGGAUGGCUUCCGUCGAAGCGAGUAUCCGUUGUCGGACAGCACAUGGUGCAGACAGGAAUGGCUGCGCCGUACGGUGGGGGUGUCUUCCCGCCGCCGGUAAACGGCGUCGCGGGCGUCGUGGGGGCGGCCGGGGCAGCGGGCGAGGUGAAAGCUCCCCCGUCGGUGCAGGUGAAGGAGGACAACAGCGGAGCGGGUCAGCAGGCACCACCGAGCGGAGCACAGGUAGCGGCACCGACCAGUGGACCCCAUCCUACGGCACAGGGGGCACCGACGGCAGCCAGUUUCAGCCCGCCUCCGCCGCCGAACGGCGUCGAUCAGCAGGCGAUCUCGGAGGUGUUUCAGGCGGCGGUGGCCGCAGCAGCGGCAGCGGCCGCGAGCGGAGGCGGACAACAAGCCGCGACCACGCAAGGAGGAAACGAGACGAACCCGGAAGGAGCCGUCGAUGCGGGAUCUCUCGUCCCGGUGACCUCGGGCGCCACGACACCAGCGACCGUGACGCAGGCCGCGGAUCUGAAGGGCCAGCCUAAACGCCUUCACGUCAGCAAUAUACCCUUUCGUUUCCGAGACCCCGAUUUGAGGGCGAUGUUCGGGCAAUUCGGCCCGAUCCUCGACGUGGAAAUCAUUUUUAACGAGAGAGGAAGCAAGGGAUUCGGUUUUGUAACAUUCGCAAAUAGUGCUGACGCGGACCGGGCACGUGAGAGGCUACACGGCACCGUGGUUGAGGGCAGAAAGAUUGAGGUGAACAAUGCAACGGCGAGGGUGCAGACGAAAAAGCCACCGACGGUACCCAACGUUUGCGUACAGUGGCCAGAGGGAUACAGGUUACCGGCGAUGCCGUGGAGCUGGCUGGGUGCGGCGGCGCCAUCGGCAGCCGCGGCUGCGGCGGUCGCCGCGGCCGCGAUUUCACCAUCUCCCGCAGCUGCUCCGCUCGUCCUUACACCGAGGGCGGCGGCGAGACGAAGCGGCAGCAUUAAGAGGAGUGGCCAUUCAAAGGGGAAGAGUCGGCGCGGCAAGGGCAGCUUUUCCGAGCAGCGCGGCGGCGUUGGCGUUGGCCAGAAAUCCAGGGCCGCUCGCAGCCGCGGCCGCUGCCACGGCCCUUCAUCCCUUUGCGCCUGCCGUCUACUACGACCCGUUCCUAGCAGCGCACGCGGCGACACAGGACCCCAACUACAGGCUACAGUUGGAAUGGCCGCAAGCUACAGCCGAAGCAGCUGCAGCGGCGGCCGCAGCAUCGCCAUUGCUAAAGACGCCGCUCUCGACGGCACAGCAAGCGACUUAUGCAGCUGCAGCGACCUACACGGCGGUGGCUGCGCGCGCAUACGGCGCAGCUGCAGCGGCAGCACAACCGGUCGCAGGAUAUGCCGCAGUCGCGGGUUACGGACGCGAGUACGCCGACCCUUAUCUCGGACACGGCAUCGGUCCGGUGGCAGGAUACGGGGCAACGGUCUAUAGAGGCGGGUACAACAGAUUUACGCCGUAUUAAAUGAGACCUUAGAGAGAGGGGAUCGGCAAGGAACGCGACCAGAAAUCGCGGCCAGUAACGCCGCGAGAACAAGAGCAGCGGCGGUACAUGCGUUCGCGCACACGCAUACACGAUUACACCGACGCGGGUAGAGGCGCACACAUCCGACGUUACACGCAAAGCACAUCGACGAGAAAGAAGCGACGCCUGGACCCUCUGCGCCUGCCAACGUUCGAGAGCAGCUGUUCCUCGUUCCACCAGCACCACCGCAACAACCACCGUCACCACCGCCGUCACCACCGCCGUCACCACCGCCGUCACCAGUGACAGAAAACGUCGUCGAUCGCGCGUUUCAAGAUCAAUCCCACGCUCUUUUUCUUCUCGAACAUUUGCGUUUCCGAGAUCGAAAGGACUGAGAGAGAGAGAGAGAAAGAGAGAGGAAAGAGAGAGCCUAUCGCUUCUCUCCUUUUUCCCCGCCUUUCUCGCCGUUAUUUAUUUAUCGAAAGCAGUCUCGACGAUAGGAGAAGAAGGACGCAAACACACACACACGGACGGACGGACGAUCGCCGGAAACGAUAGUCUCUAGAAGAAGCAUCGAUGUCUCCUGGAAAACCGAUUCGCGUCCUUUCAGAGCGCUGAACGAUGAACGCAGCCGGACGUUGCACAGGGUCUCAACAGGGUCUAGUCAGACACUCUCUCUCUUACCGGUUCCUAAUCGAAGCACCACCGAUUUUUAAACGUCGCAAAUAUAGAUCGUCCUAGAUCCGAUUCGCUGGAAAGACAAAUUUCGACUUGAAAGCGUACUCAAUACUCUCUGGCAAGGCGAACCGAAGGAAUCGGCACGUACCACCUAAUUCUACAUCUUCCUUCGAAAUGUUCGUUCGCCUUUCCAUUUUCCUUGUCCCCCUUUCUUUUCUUUUCUUUUCUUUUCUUUCUCCUUUCUCUUUUUCUUUUCUCUCUUUAUCCCCUCUUUCCUCGUUAUAUCUCUUACCGCCGUACUCUACAAACGAUAGAAUUUACGUCGAAAAACCAAAUCGAAACGUACGCGUUACUUGCGCGAAUCGCACCGCACGAGCGCACGGAACGUUUGCGUUUAGUUUCAUUGGGCGGGCUUCGACUCGCUCGCUACUUUUAUUAUUAACUAUUAAUAUUAUUAUAAUUUUAUUAUUAUUAUUUUAUCAUUGUCAUUAUUACUAUUAUUAGAUCGCGCGAAAGAUCUCUCAGUCGGGAAGAUACGAAAAUGCAAAGGAAGGACGAUGGUCAGGAUUUUUUUAUCGUCUAAGAGAGAGCGUGCGCGCGUUCGUCGCUGCUAAGUUUUAACGUUCGAGGAAACGCGGCCGUAACGACGUCGCGUCGACCGUCGUACGUCUAUCGUCCAAAGAGCGGUUUUUCGAACGAUCGGGAAAACUCGGCAGGAGGGAAGAUAUCGACGCUGAGCGAUUUGCGCGUGCGUCUCGCGUACUUCGAAUUCACCGUAAAAAGACGUUUUUAUCUUUGUGUAUAUUUUUGAUACGUCCUUCUUUGUUUGAUACACGACUGCUCGAUAUGCUCGACAUAUUUCUCGGACCGCCUAUCCUCUUCGCAACAGACACGUUCACGCACACACGCAUAACUCUUUAUGAAUUUUUGUAGAAACGUUUUGGUAUCGCAUUCGCGAUUAUCAUCCUUACGGAUUUACGUUAGUCAGACCGGACGUCGAGUGAACGCGCUUUUAAAAAGAAUCGCGGACGUUUUUAAUAUUCGAUCGUAAUAGACGGUUUGAUAUCUUAAUGGAUUUAGCGAGGACGAUCGCACGUUACUUUCUCUCGAUAUGUCUCGCGAGUUCCUUUCUCGAGGCACGUCUUAUCCGUUGGAAUUAUCAUCGAGGUUCGUUAUCCUUUGCUCGCUUUCUCCCGAUCGUAGUCGAGAAUCGACGUUAUCGCUAAAGGAGGGAAGACAAAGUCAAAGUUACGCUUACGAUGGAUCAACACGAAAUGGAAAUUGAACGCACAUUGAGACGAGUGAGAACGAUGUAUCACCAUACGCCCUUACCUUUUAAGUUAUAGUUAGCCCGCGAGGAUUUAUCUAAUAUUAUACGUAAGCAAAUAAGAAAUCUCGCACGAGAGAAUAACGGGAGAGAGACGGACGUCGCAGAACUCUAGAGAGAGAAAAGCGGAGGAACAAAGAGAAAGAGGACGGCUAAACGAUGGAAAGAAAAUGCGAGGGGAAUACGAAGUAGCCAAAUAUGACGAAAGAUUUAUCUUUAUCUAUCCAACGGCUGGAGUAGUCUCCUGGCCGUUAUUUUACGUUUUAGUUUUUAAAUCUCCUUAGAAUAUUAGAAUAAAGCUAACGACGCAUAGCUCUCUAUCUCGGUAAAUCUCUCGAGAUGGACGAAAGAAGAAGAGGAAGGAAGGGGUCUUUCUUGCGUGUGCGUGAAUGCCAGUUAUAUAAAUGUGUAAAUAGAGAACGAUCGAUCGUCGAGCACAAAAUAAGCCGAAGAACGUAGCCGAAGAAGACUCAAGAUAUACUCAUAAUUUUCUCGUAAACGUUAAGAUUGACGAGUCGGUAGAUCGUAAAGAAAUUCAACGCAAAUACAUACACACACGCGCGCGCGCGCGCACACACACACACACCCACCCACCACACACACCACACACACGAAAUGAAAACGUGUAAGAGGUAAUCUUAGCUGCUAUGCGAUUACGGUUACGAUUAGGAUUAGAAUUACGAUUACGAUUAUACAAUAACGAUAAACUUUAUUCUACCAAGAGGAUAGCUCGAGAGGAUGGUUAUCGUCAAAGUCGAUGAUCGAUCCUUCUUUCGAGGAAGAUCAAAAAAAAGGAUCGAAGAACGAAGAGAGCCGCUAUAGUAUUUAGUCGAUAGAUGAAAGUUGAUUAAUUCCAUUUGGAAAUUUUGAAAAUUUCGAAAGAACGCGUCUCGAACGAACGAAUCUGCUUUGGGAGUUAAUUCUGUGUAAUGUGAACUGUGACUAAAAUUUAUACUUACUCGUAAUCGAUAUCUUUAUCGGGGUAGGCUAUUAUUAUUAAAUAGUUGCUAGAGAUUAAGUCAAGCUCAAAUUAGGAAAAGCGCGUCACGAGUGCACAACCAAAUCUUUCGUUCUUCUCUUUCUUUUCCUUUGGUUUUUUUCUUUAUCUUUCCGUCUCUCUUUUCCCCUUUUCUUUCCUUUUUCUUUUUUCGUUUCUGUUUUUUUCAAUAUACGAUCGUAUCGUGUCUCUUCUUUCUUCUUUACCUCUCGACUUUUGUCUUUGGCCGAUAGAAGAGCGUAAAGACGAUUAUUAAUUCCAUCGUCCUUUCCGUUUUAUCCCGAGCCUAUUAAAACCUUUGGUCCAUCGCCGAACGGGAAGAAAAAAAUUCUAAUAAGAAAGAUCAAGAACCUGAACGAAUCUGCAUUAAUUUCGUUUCUAUUGAUCUCAUAGUUUUUCGCGUCGGGUCGUAUCGAAUCAAUUUUAGCGAGAAUAAAAAUGAAAAGAAAGGAAAAGAAAAGAAAAGGAAGAAAGAAAGAAAGAAAGAAAGAAAGAAAGAAAGAAAGAAAAACAAAGAGAUAAGCGAGCAGUGUAUAAAGUUAUUCAAUGAUACGCACCGUAUGUUAUACGUAUAAAUCUUACAACUAGCUAUAUAAAACAUUAAUUACCAUUAAAGGGAAUUUUUAAAUGAAUUUAGAUGAAUACAUGACGUAAUGACACAUCUAACGAGCAACAUAUCCUAGCGUAUUAGGCAUGGCGUUAACCGAGAUCUCUCUGUGCUUUUUACCGUCUUAGUCCUACGAGAGAGUCGACGUUGCGCGAAAUGGCAAAAAAGAAGGCAAAGUACGAUCAACGCGCAUACAAACUCAUUCACACGUAAUACUCGAAUGGAGUCGAAGUCGUCUUCUCGAAAGAGACUACUUCUACUUCUACGAUAAGAAGAAAGAAACAAAAUUAUAUGUAUGUAUAUAUAUAUAUAUAUAAAAAAAUAUAAAUAAAUAUAUAUAUAUAUGUAUGUAUAUACACACACGAAAAUAGAUAGCGUAAACGCAACGAUAUAAAAUGAAGGUAACUUGGGCCGAACGACAGGGAAAAUUUCAACGCUCUUCUAACGAACGAUCUUUGGCAAAACGAUCGUGCCCGUUUUCGAGUAAUCGCAAAAGAAAAUGUUAGAAAAAGAAUAAAAAUAUGUAAUACGUGAAAGAGGAAUGUUCCAUGACAUUAAGGCGUUACAAUGAUUAUUACCUAUAUUUAGGUCGAAGAUUUGCGUGCGUGCGUGCGUGCGUGCGUGCGUGCGUGCGUGCGUGCGUGAGUGAAUGAAUGUAAAAAGUUUAUCGUGUCCUUGUGCGUCUGUAUGUUUGAUGUCGCACCCGAGAGUGCGAGAGUGUGUGUAAUAACGCGUAUGAGUGAGAUGAGAGAAAACGCAUCUCGCGUACCUCCACGAAUCAGCAACACUUUUUUUUCUUCUCGUCUUUAAAACGUAGCACGAAGAUGGCGAGCUAACGCCGGCCCGCGCGCCGCUGUUCGAGAUCGUAAAUUAUAAAUGAAUGAAUUCACAUAAUUAUAUUCUUCAUUAUUAAUAACGUUAUUAUUAAUUAAAUCGUAACGUGAAAGUAAAGAGGAAAGAUGACAAAACGAAAGAUGGUAAAGGAAUAAUCAGCGAGACGCGAAUAAAGCACGAGCGAACGAGCGACUUGGACGAGCGAUAUCUGUAAAUUUUCUUUUUGUUUUUCUCUCUCGGCGCGCAAAACGACAUAAACACAUAUUUAUACAUAUAUUCUGGUAGAUGUGAUUCGCGAACGGAUACGACGCAACCCAAACGCUUCGUCUUCGUUCGCGAAUUCGCAAAAGACAUUUUCACAGAUUCACAACGCGACUCGGUUCGUUUCGUUUCCUUUUUUACGCGCCAAAGCGCGCGCGAUACGUUGAGAGCGACUAAAGAGAAAAAAAUACACGAGAUACAUAUACAUGUAUAUAUAUAUAUAUGUAUGUAUGUAUGUACGUAUGUAUAUAUCUACACAAACACAAAAACAAGAGAGGAGAGAGAGAGAAACGUGAGAAAAUUGCGAGCGAACAGGGAAUACAAUCAUCUCGAACUUUAGUUGCAAAAUAUUGAUAGGGAUAAAAGGUGUCGUUUGUGACACCUUUGUCAUUGUCUGAUUUGAUGAUAUUUUCUAAGUCUGGACCAGUUGUUAGGUUCUUAUUACUCCCAUAGCGACUUCUUAUGGCGUAUUUUCUCUGUAUAUUGUCAAUGUUUAUUAUUAAAUAUUUUUCAAAUAAAAAA